CGUCGUCUCGUCGCUCACAAUAAUUUUGAUUACGUGAAUAAAUAAAAAAUAAGAAGAACAAAAAUUCAGCUGCCGCCAUUCUUUCUGGUAGUUCUCUAAUCUAGCUCAGUAAGCGUUUAGAUUUUGACCGCUUCGGACUCAUCACUAUCCCCCUCCAAUUGACACAGAGUAUAUGUGAAUAUAAAAAGUUCAAAAAGUUUUUGAACAGAACUCCUCAGCUCUUUGCUCUGCCUCUUAAACACCACCAAUAUAAGCAAUCCAGUCGAAGCGAAGUGCGAUAUUUUGUUCGAGGGUGUGAUAGUGAAGGGUAGAUAUAUUCAUACAUAUAAUAUGUACUUGUGGAAAUAUUGUAUGUUAUGGUAUUUAACUGAAUAAGUCGCAGCCUAAUAGGGGUAGAUAAUCAAACGCGCGGAAAUACUAACUUUUAGUUUCACGUUUCAACUCAUGAAAGAGAGUUCAAGUUCACUAGUGAGUGGUUUCUUAAUUGUAAUUACUGUUGAAAGUUGAAAUCUGUGAUAUCCUUAAAAUUAAACAUACAAAAGUUCCUUUUUGCUAAAGUGUUUUUAUUUUCUUUUUUUGAAUAAAUAACUGAAAUUCUUUUUUUCAAUAUGAUUGGCGGAAAAUUAUUUUUUACUUUUGCCGUAAUCCUGCUUUUCCAAUAUGCAGCGUGUGAUCACUGGAGCUACCCCGACCGCAACAGCACAAAUGUAUCAUUUCCUCUAUGGGGCGGAUUGUGUGAUGUGGGUAACCGACAAAGUCCAAUUGAUUUAAGUAUUUCUGGCGCCUUAAAAGGGAACUUUCCUGACAUUGACUAUCGGAACUACGACAAGCCUUUAACAUCACCAUCGCUAGUCAACAAUGGCCACACCGUCAAGUUAACAAAAUUCGAUGUUGAAAUGACAAUGACCGGUGGACCAUUAAAUGAUAAAUUCAUUGUCGAGGAACUUCAUCUACAUUGGUGGUCUGAGCAUACUAUUGACAAAAUUAGAUAUCCAAUGGAAGCUCAUAUAGUUCACCGAAAUACGCGCUAUUCCAACAUAAGUGAAGCUGCUGCUCACAAGGACGGAAUAGCUGUUGUUGGAGUUUUGUUUCAUGCUUCAAAUCAACCCAAUGUUGGCAUUGGAAAAAUUGUUGAAAAUAUCGAAUUUAUCAACUCCGCUGAUGAUAUUGAUAAAGCAGUUACCAUUGAACAAAAACUGAACCUAAGAGAGUUGUUUCCAAGACUUUCAGGUGGUUAUUUGAGCUAUCCAGGUUCUCUUACGACUCCAUCGUGUGCAGAAUCAGUAACUUGGCUCGUACUCCUGGAUACAUUCCCCGUAACAUUAGAUCAGGUCAAUAAAUUUAAAGGAGUUGAAACCUACGGUGGAAAAAAAUUGAGCGAUAACUACCGUGACUUACAAAGGAAAAAUAACCGCCCCGUUCUUGUGGUUCAUCAAGAUUCUUCAAGUGCUCCAGCUCCGAUUAACAUGUCGGCAAUGAGUCUUUUCGGUUCGAUUGUUGUUAUUUAUAUUAGCAAAUUCCUGCAGUAGUGCUGAUAUAAAUAUAUUCCUUACAAUGAGCUCUUAACACCUCGCAAUCGCAACAAAAUAAAACGAUGAAUUUAUCAUCCAACACUUUACUCAAGCCAUUUUGAUCGUUCCUUAAACUAUUUCUAAAGACAAAUAUUCUCUUGUAAUUUUGUCAGCGGCCGACAAUAUUCUUGACGAAUUAAAUUUUACUUUGAGAUGAUAUUUUACAUUGCAAGUAUAAAAUGAGCUUCUUUUGUAAUAGUAAUUAACUAUGUAUGUAUAUUUCUGUUUAGGUUAGUAUUUUUGUAUGUCUUUUUAUAAAAGUGUAAUGUCUUUGUUUUUAUGCUAAAAUUUCAGUUGUUCCAAUUUACCUAGUCAAUUUAUAAUUAUAUAUUAAAUAAAGUCCUUUUGUGUUUCAAUUCA